GAGAUUGAGAAGCAUUGCUCUUCUGCGUUAGCUUUUCCUUUUCCUUCUGCUUCUCCUCACAGCCUCAGCCACAUCCACAGCCACAGCCACACACUCACCACCCUCCCUCUCUCACUAUGCCUUUCAUCACUUUCUUCUUCAUCUUUUUCUUCUUCUGCUGCCUCUCAGCUCCUUCUUCUGUUUCCAUGUUUUCUGAUUUCGAUGCAACAGAAACUAACAGAGCCCAGAAAAGGCAUGCAUACCCCCAACAAGCGCCACCUCAGCUUGAUGACGCUUGAGAUUUUUCCGUUUCUGGCGUCACCUUAGUCUCUCUGAACCAAACAAAGACUCUUCUUUUUAUAAAAUAUUCAUGUGGGUCCUUCUAGUUCUUCCUUCAUCUUUCAUACACUCUCUUUCACUAUGUGUGUUUUCCGGGCUUGUGUUGGGGUCUGAAGCUGACACCCCAUUAAAAAAUAAUGGAGUUUGUUUGUGUGAGAUGAGGAAGAUUAGAAAAAUUAUGUUUUUAUGUGUUUGUAAUUUUAGUUCUCUGAGAGUGUUGAAUGGGUCAAUUCAUGACACUUGUUGGUUUACUUGAAAUGUUUGUGUUGAAAAUGAUAAUUAAUAAUUAAAUAAUCUGACGGGGACAUCUAAGUUGCUUGUUUCUGACAAUUGAGAUACGUUUCUUAGUUGGUAAUAAUAAGAAUUUGUGUGUGUGGGCUUAAUUUAAUUUUGAAAAGAGGAGAAGAGGAAAAAGGAAGCAUUAAUUAGCUUCCCUUGUUGAUGGUUGUGAUUGUGUGAGUGUGCUAAGUAUCUAUUUGAAAUGAGUAGGUAUUGAAACAGGAGAUUUAGAAAAAAGAGAUGAUUUGUUUCCACAGAUUCUGAGAGAUGAGGCAGUAGGAAGGCUUAUUGAGCUUGGGAAGGUAUUUAAACUAAACUCAGCUUUACUUUGUUGAUCAUUUUUUAGUUAUGUUUCUACUAUUGUCCUAAUGGAGUGUAUCAAUUGAAUUUCUGCUCUUGACUUCAAUUGCAAUGCUCCAGAUUCAAUUUUAUGUUUUUCUUUGCUGUUUUGGUUUACAGGAAUGUCUGUAAGUUUUGAAGUGUAACAUUUUCAGAAAUUUGCAAUCUAAAUUGUUUAUAAUUGCUUACACUUCACUGGUUAUUCCUAUCCAGUGGCUGGUGUACCAUAAAUUGUUUAUUCUUGGAAGCUGAUGUUGGUGUUGGAUGAACAGGUGAGUGAUGCAAGUGGUUAUCUUGAGAGGACAUUCUUGAGUCCUGCAUCCAUGAGGGCAAUUAAUCUUAUUCGUAAAUGGAUGGAGGAUGCUGGUUUGAGAACUUGGGUGGACCAAAUGGGAAACGUACAUGGUCGAGUCGAUGGUGCAAAUGCAAAUGCUGAAGCGUUGUUGAUUGGCUCUCACAUGGACACUGUUGUUGAUGCUGGGAUGUUUGAUGGAUCACUAGGAAUUGUCUCUGCCAUAUCAGCUUUGAAGGUUAUGCAUGUCAAUGGAAAAUUGCAAAAGCUAAGGCGCCCGGUUGAGGUUAUUGCAUUUAGUGAUGAAGAGGGUGUCAGAUUUCAAACUACUUUCUUGGGCAGUGGUGCUGUUGCUGGUAUUUUACCUGCUACAACAUUGGAGAUAUCUGAUAAGAGGGAUGUAAUGAUAAAAGAUUUUCUUAAGGAGAACUCAAUAGAAAUUACAGAGGAAAGUCUUUUACAGCUCAAGUAUGACCCAAAAUCUGUUUGGGGUUAUGUUGAGGUUCACAUUGAGCAGGGUCCUGUGCUAGAACAAGUUGGUUUCCCACUUGGUGUGGUUAAAGGCAUAGCUGGGCAGACACGAUUGAAGGUUACAGUUAGGGGCUCACAAGGUCAUGCUGGAACUGUUCCAAUGUCCAUGCGUCAAGAUCCUAUGGCUGCUGCUGCUGAACAAAUUGUGGUCUUGGAAAGCCUCUGCAAAAAUCCUCAAGAAUUCCUUUCUUAUGAUGGUCAUUGCAGUGAUUCAUCAGUGAAAUCACUUUCAAGCUCGCUUGUUUGUACUGUUGGAGAGAUAUCAACAUGGCCAAGUGCCAGUAAUGUCAUUCCUGGCCAGGUUACAUAUACCGUGGAUAUACGAGCGAUUGAUGACCUUGGACGCGAGGCUGUUAUCUAUGAUUUAUCCAAGCGGAUUUAUCAAAUAUGUGACAAGCGUUCAGUUUCCUGCAUUGUGGAACACAAGCACGAUGCAGGUGCUGUGAUUUGUGAUUCUGAUCUGAGUUCACAGCUCAAGUCAGCGGCUUAUUCUGCACUCAAGAGGAUGGAGGGUGACAUUCAGGAUGAAGUGCCAACCUUAAUGAGUGGAGCAGGCCAUGAUGCAAUGGCAAUAUCUCACUUAACAAAGGUGGGAAUGCUGUUUGUGCGCUGUCGCGGAGGCAUAAGUCACUCUCCACAAGAACACGUGCUAGAUAAUGAUGUUUUGGCAGCUGGUUUAGCAACCUUGUCAUUUCUAGAAAAUCUAUAAUAACUGUGUAAACGAAUAAGUAGGCAUUAUAGCUUGUAAUUAUAGGUUAUUUAUUAUUCAUAAUUCAACUGUUUC